AUGAUGGGCGGUGGAAGCCAUUGGAGGAUUGGUGUAAAUAUAUUUGAGUCUAGAAAUGGAGGAAAUAGUUCCAUUGCACGAGUAUGGUGUAGAGAAGCUUGUAGGAACAAACUACAAGUAUUGGAGAAUGUGCAUGAAAGCAUAUCUUCGGGGUCGGGACUUGUUGAUGGCCAUGAUUCGAAAAUUCCUAUUGAUACUCCGGAGAAUGUUGAACCAAGACGAAAGUGGAAGAUUAAGUGCCGAAAGGCUCUCUUUGCCUUGAGAACGUCCAUUAGCAAAGAGUUCAUUGAUCAUGUUCGUGAUGUUAAAUCUCCCAAGGAAGUUUGGGAAACACUUGAAAGGUCAGUUUACCAAGAAGAGUACUCGUAA